AGGCAGGCAGAGCCUGCCCGCGGCUCCGCACCCAUCGUUGCUGCGUUUCCCGGCUCGGUGUCUCCUUGUCUUUGCCCAGGCGCCCGCAAAACUUUUAUUGUCUCGGGCUCCCCCCGGGCUGUGUGACGAAAUCGCAGCGCUCCGCUGUCUCCACGCUCGCCUGCAGCGGCGACCGAGGGGACGUGCAACCCUCGCCCGCCGCCGCCGCCGGGCUCUUGCGCUCUCUGCGCUACCUCACCUGCCGAUCGCUCCCGGGAACCGCGAGGGGGGGACCCCCAAAGGGACCGCGCGGGCGUCUCGGCACCCCGACAUCCUGUUCACCGUUGCGGACCGGCUCGGCGCAACUUUAACUUGAUUCCUGUCGCCCACCCAGGGCACCCGCGGCGGCCGCCGCCGCCGCCGCCGUCGCUGCGGUCUCACAAAGAGCGCGGGGAGGGAAGGCGGCGCGGGCGGCGGGCACGGGCCUCGGGGCUGCCUAGACAAAAGGGAAACUGCCAUCGCUCUGGGCUCCUGUUCCGACCCGCCGUGGGUUCAUCCUACCGGCCCGGGCUGCCUCUUCGCCUCGGUCCCCCGCGGGCUGUGCCCGCAGUGCUCGGACCCCGCGAGCUGCGGGGCGCGCGUCGCUGCUGCUGGUCGGGGCUCUAGGGAUAAUAAAUGAUAGAGGAUACAAUGACUUUGCUGUCUCUGCUGGGUCGCAUCAUGCGCUACUUCUUGCUGAGACCCGAGACGCUUUUUCUGCUGUGCAUCAGCUUGGCUCUGUGGAGUUACUUCUUCCACACGGACGAAGUGAAGACCAUCGUCAAGUCCAGCCGGGACGCGGUGAAGAUGGUGAAGGGCAAGGUGGCCGAGAUUAUGCAGAACGAUCGCCUUGGAGGACUUGAUGUGUUGGAGGCCGAGUUUUCCAAGACCUGGGAGUUCAAGAGCCAUAAUGUGGCGGUGUACUCCAUCCAGGGCCGGAGAGACCACAUGGAAGAUCGCUUCGAAGUUCUCACCGAUUUGGCCAACAAGACGCACCCGUCCAUCUUCGGGAUCUUCGAUGGGCACGGCGGUGAGACUGCAGCGGAAUAUGUGAAAUCCCGACUCCCGGAGGCCCUCAAACAGCAUCUUCAGGAUUAUGAGAAGGACAAAGAAAACAGUGUUCUGUCUUACCAGACCAUCCUUGAGCAGCAGAUCUUGUCAAUUGACCGAGAAAUGCUGGAAAAGUUGACGGUAUCCUAUGAUGAAGCAGGCACAACGUGUUUGAUUGCUCUCCUGUCAGACAAGGACCUGACUGUGGCCAAUGUUGGUGAUUCCCGAGGAGUCUUGUGUGACAAAGAUGGGAAUGCCAUCCCCUUGUCUCAUGACCACAAGCCUUACCAACUCAAGGAGAGGAAGAGGAUAAAGAGAGCUGGUGGAUUCAUCAGUUUCAAUGGCUCCUGGAGGGUCCAGGGCAUCCUAGCCAUGUCUCGAUCCCUGGGAGAUUACCCACUGAAGAAUCUCAAUGUGGUCAUCCCAGACCCAGAUAUCCUGACGUUUGACCUGGACAAGCUUCAGCCGGAGUUCAUGAUCUUGGCAUCAGACGGUCUGUGGGAUGCUUUUAGCAACGAAGAAGCAGUGCGGUUCAUCAAGGAGCGCUUGGAUGAGCCUCACUUCGGGGCCAAGAGCAUCGUCCUGCAGUCCUUCUACAGAGGCUGCCCUGACAAUAUCACGGUCAUGGUGGUGAAGUUCAGGAAUAGCAGCAAAACGGAAGAGCAGUGAGUCCUGCAGGGUCUCAGCUGCCCCAGACUAGAGGACUCCAACACACUGCUCUCUUCGUGUAAUAAAAGGUGUGGGGAUUAUAAUUAGGAUCAUGUGUCCCAACACAGAACCCCUUCCCUGGUGACCUCGAAUCCCUAUCAAGCGAUGAGCAGAGGGUUCCCUGGCUGACACUGUUGGGGGCUGGAAGGAGUUUGUGUUCCCCCAGCCCUUGAUCAGUGUUUGAAAUGCAUCCGUAGGUAGCUAUCGAUCCCACAUAUGAGGCAAAGGGAAGACAGGCCAUGUAUUCUCCUUCGUGUUCUUUUCAUGAUCCCUUUCGUGGUCCUUCAGACAGCCUCCGUGGUGUCCUCUCGAGAACCCGGGGGCAGGGCAGGCCUGUAACUGCAGGCAACAUGCCAGCGUCAUCUGAUGGUGUGCUGGCGGUGCCCUCGGCCUAGCAGCUUCUGAGCGUGCGCCUUCGGUACCCCAGCAGCCUGCACAGGAGACUUGCAACACUUUAUCUGUUGCCUGCUCUUGGAGACUGAGGGAUGAGAGAAGACGGAGAGUUGGUGGCAGCUUCCUGCACACCAGACGGCACCCCUUCCCCUUCCCUCCUUAGGGUAGCGGAUUCAGGAUGCAGUUAUCCAUCCCUAUGCCUCUCCUCAUGGGGCACAGCUUUACCGUUUGCUCACACCUUACGAUGAAAUGCAUCAAGGGUAGCCGCUGACUUCAUGAGUUUUUGCCUCACCAACAACCCACAGAAAGGGGAUGAAGCGGGUGGGAAGCACAGCACAGUGCAGGAUGACUUUCUGUCUCCAAGGAGGACUGAGGCUGGGAUGAAACUCGCUGUCUGUCUCAGCGAGGGAGGUCACCACCACCUCACACCCACCAGCUACUGCCUUCCCCAGCCCAUCUUAGUAGCUUUCACAUCUUUCGAACAGUGUUGGGAGAAACAGCAGCCUAGGAUCACCCAAGAGUGCUGUUCCCAGCCACCACAAAUUGGUAUUUGGUGGCAAACCACUGAGACAUGCUUCCUGGCCAAGAGAAAGGUCUUUCAUCUUUGGUUGCAAAUCUCUGCCCCUACCCAGUAGCGUUGCCCAGGCAAACGCAAACUGCCUGCUGUAACCUGGAGGGAAAUAGUAGACGGACUCCUGGGGGACCAGUGUGCACUGGCCGCAGAGCUGCCUGGGAAUUCAAGCAAGAACCCUGAGAGAUAAGCAGCACAGUUACUCGGGGGCCUGGAUUGCUACUCUCCCCUCCUAACACCAAAGCUGUGGGGUUUUCCCAGUCUCUGUACUUUAUAAGUUAAUUUACAGAACAUAUUAGGUUGUCCUUUUUGACGAGCCCCAAACAACCAAGAUUUUCAUUGCAGACCCCCACCCAGAGCCUGCCUUAUUUCGUUCUUUCUCAGAGUGGGUGUUUGUCAGCCUGGCCUCUCAAGGCCCGCUUCUUAGCCCUCCCUACCCCCAGCCCAGCCCUCUGUCCUUCAGCUGCAGCGCUUGCCCAAAGCCCAGUGUGGAGAACAAAAGAUUAUCUUGGACUCGGAAGACUGCAAACUGUCUUCACUCCUCCGGGAACUUGCUUUUCUUUGCAUCGAGAAUAAUGGUUUCCCAGGAAAUUUGCUUAUUUCGUCUUAGUUACUACUUCUCAGAAUGGUUUAGUACAAACCACAUUCUGUCGCGUUAGACAGAAGCACAGGCCUGUGGAGAGACGUGGACACGUGGAUCUGUAUUAUGGGUCAAGUGGGAGGGGAACAGAGGAGACAGAUGUGGGUUCCAUCAGUGACGGAGAUGCACUUGUGGAUUCAGGAUGCUCUUAGAGUUCCCACAACCCUUCUUCUAAGGGUCCAGAUUUGACAGUCCAUAUAGUCAACUUCUCUUUUUUGUAUUUGCUUCAUGCAAAGGUGUAUAAACAAGAAGAAAAAAACAAUAAUUUGAGAAACAUUUUUAUUGUAAAGAACAAAUAAUGACAUGAUGUUUUGGUGAAGAAAAAAAGGAAAGACACCAAAUUAGCCCAUUGGUUAUUGCUGGAGCAAGUGGGGUUUCUUAACUGCCUGCACUAUUUACAAAAAUCUUCUAAUUGAGUUUAUGGACACCUUGUAAAUUUUGCUUUGGUGAAGUAACUUAUUUCUAACUGCAACCAAAUAGAAUAUACAUAUAUGUAUAUGUGUAUGUGUAUAUACAUAUACAUAUAUAUCAUACUCCUUUCUUGCCUCUUCCCCUCCCCCAUGGCUUGUAGACUUUCUUUAAAGAUAGAAAUUCUAGGCAAAAUAGUAGCAGUUUGAUGAGUAGUUACAUAUUAAACCAGAGUACCCUUCCCCUUCCCCGUGUCCUGGAAUGCUCCUUUCCUCACCUGUGUCCGGCUCUAGGGAGUCUGCAGUUGCAUGUGGCUGGGCACACCGGCCACCCGCCUCCUCUGGCGGCUCUGGAAGGGCGAGUCCAGCUUCCAGAGAACUGGACUGGAGGGAGUCCACGGGAAGCUUCCGUAAACUGCACUGCCAAGGCUUUGGGACCGGCCCCCAGGCUGUCCAGACUCCCUACCUAGCCUGAGUUCCCGUUGCCAAUAGUCCCCACAGUGCCAAAUCUGGGGAGGGUUUUACAGUGUUUUAGAAGUACAGCUGAUGCCAAUCCAGGCCCCCAUCAGCCCCUGCUCGGCUCCUCCCCUGCUCGGCUCCUCCCCCAGCACUUUGUACUCUUCUGUGGGGUAGGGGUGGGAGGGCAGGGAAGGGUUUUUUAAGAAUUCACUGCAUUUGCAGUUAAUCAUAAAAAUAAACUAUACUAACCUAGAACAAUCCAAAGCUUGUUCCCAAGACAUGUAUUUUUUUUAGUGUGACCAACUUGCCCCAGCCAAUCUAGAUCACUGCUGUACCACGUGACUGUAUGUACUCAUUCCCCGUGGCCAGUGUUCCCUGUUCCUUGCUGUGAACCGGAGGGACUGGCCUCUUGAAUCUGUAUAUGUCGAGAACAUUACCAAGAGAAGGUUCCAGUAUAGAGCUUCCCCAGGCUAGGUAACUCAAGCACGCUUUGUGUCACGCAAGGAUAGUGAUGCGGACAUUUGUGCAAAUGCUCACACGAGAGUGCUAGCGUUGCCGGUUUGACCCUCUCUGAAGUGGCUCCCAGGACGGGGACGGGCUCUGCUGUUGACUGGGGCAUCUGGAAAUGCAGGAGGGUUCACCAAAGGAGUGACCUCUUUUACCAAGUACACUUUGGUUUUCCUGUGUGUCUGUUUUUUCUCCUCGUCCUCGUCCUCCUCCUCCUGAUUUCAGAAACUGUUUUCCCUCCAUCAUUAUACAGAUCUUCCUAGAGCAGUCUCCCAGAAUGCCUUCACCUGUCACAGCAGCACUCCUGAUUUAGCUCUGGCAAAGACAUCAGUCAGAAGCCCCGUGGUGGGCUGUGAACUGUGAGCUGCCUCUGGCUAAAUCAUUCUUAUGUAGGCCUUUGGGCUAGUUGGAUGCACCUUGCAGGAACAGAGGAAUCUAAUGGCCCUCAACACAAGAGAAAACACAUUCUAAAGAUGUUUUUCCAAAUACCUGGUUUCACUGUCACAGGAGUCAAGAAUGGACUCCUAAUUCCACUUUGGAAUUGGUGACGGUACAGCUUGUAAGUCUGAAGCCUGAGCCUUUCACCUGCAAGGCUGGCUAGAAGCAGGGCUGGAACGCUGUGCUUUAAUACGCCCCCCAAGAGUCUCCGUUGACAGCGGAAGCCCUCACACUUCACUAUACUUACACCAUAGCUACCGUCUCCCGCCUGUGAGUAGGGAGCAAGGGCUUCGCCAUGCUGGGUGGGUCUCAGCCACGCUACCACAACCUUCUGUUGCUUCUCUGCAGUUGUCUUUGAUUUCCAGAUUAAACCCAAAUAUUUUUGUCUCAUCAUUGACAGUAAAAAAAGGGGGGGGAUAUAACAGGAAAAAAAUACAUACCUGAUUUUAAUCACUUUUGAUAUUUUAACUAUUUUUAAAAAUGUAUAAUAGAAAUGUCAACUGUUAAUAUUAACACACAUUACUAUCAUUCCUCUGUUCACUCCAGAUUCUGUGGAAUAAUUUACAAUGUAGAGCUCAUACAUCCUGAAAGUCAUACCCUAUUUUUCACAUUACACACACACACACCAUUAAGUCUGACAACUUAGAAGGCUUGGUCAUAUUUCCCUAGCCGUUAUCCUCAGUUGGGUCAAUUUGCUUGGGAAGCUGUGACAGGUAACCCCCAAACAAUGGGUGAAACAGGACACAGUAAAUCUGGGGUAAAGUCACCAAUUUAAAAUUGUAUCCAACAUUUUUGGGGAUAUGACACCUACAUAAUAUAAAAUAGUAAAAA